CGCCCGAGUCCGGGGACGCGGCGACAAGGAGGCGCCGCCGCCCCCUCCUCCGGCUGCGCCCCGGCCCUGCGCCCGCACCAUGCCCGCCGCGGGGCCGAGCGCCGCCCUCCUCCAGCAGCUCGCGGAGGCGACGACGCUGCGGGCCGCGGGGCCGCGGCUGCGGGGGUAGCGGGCCGGCGUCGGCACCGAGGCGGCGCGAGGCGGGCGGAGCGGGAGGAGGAGCAGCAGGCAUCCUCCGCGGCGCGGCGGGCGGCGGCCCUGCUGGCUCGGCGCGCCUAUGGCCCAGGAGGAAGGAGAAUGCGCGCUGCACUCCCCGCCGGCCGCCGCCGCGUGCUCGGCGCCACCCGGAGCUGCUCGCGUCGCCGCCGCCCCCCAGCUGCGGGCGCCCGGCCGCUGGCUGCGCUAGGACCCCCAGCCGCCGGUCGCCGAGGGGCGGUGGGAAGGGAGGAGCGCGAGCGAGAGGGCCCCGGAGACUGGCGCCCGCCCGGGCGCAGCGCGGCAUGUAGCUGCGGGCUCCCGCGCCCGCGCGAGGGUGUCGGCCCGGGGCCCCGCCAUGGCUGGAAAGGACAGUGGGAACCUGAAGACGGUGAGGCUGUGGCGGGACGCCGCCCUGCGCGCCAGGAAGCUGCGGAGCAACCUGCGCCAGCUCACCCUCAGCGCGGCCGGGGCCGACCAGAUCGACUCCCCCGACGCCCCCCAGCUCGUGCUGCCGGCCAACAUCGGGGACAUUGAGGUGCUGAACCUGGGCAACAACGGCCUGGAGGAGCUGCCCGACGGGCUGGGGUCGGCGCUGGGCAGCCUGCGCGUCCUGAUCCUGCGCAGGAACCGCUUCGCCCGGCUGCCGCCGGCGGUGGCCGAGUUGGGCCACCACCUCACCGAGCUGGACGUGAGCCACAACCGGCUGACCGCCCUGGGCGCGGAGGUGGUGAGUGCCCUGCGGGAGCUGCGCAAGCUCAACCUCAGCCACAACCAGCUGCCCGCCCUGCCCGCGCAGCUGGGCGCCCUUGCCCACCUGGAGGAGCUGGAUGUCAGCUUUAACAGGCUGGCGCACCUGCCCGACUCCCUGUCGUGCCUCUACCGCCUGCGCACCCUCGACGUGGACCACAACCAGCUCACUGCUUUUCCCCGGCAGCUGCUGCAGCUGGCGGCCCUGGAGGAGCUGGACGUGUCCAGCAACCGGCUGCGGGGCCUACCUGAGGAUAUCAGUGCCCUGCGUGCCCUCAAGAUCCUCUGGCUGAGUGGGGCUGAGCUUGGCACCCUGCCCAGCGGCUUCUGUGAGCUGGCCAGCCUGGAGAGCCUCAUGCUAGAUAACAACGGGCUGCAGGCUCUGCCCGCCCAGUUCAGCCGUCUGCAGCGGCUCAAAAUGCUCAACCUCUCCUCCAACCUCUUUGAGGAGUUCCCUGCCGCGCUGCUGCCCCUGGCUGGUCUGGAGGAGCUCUACCUUAGUCGCAACCAGCUCACCUCAGUGCCAUCCCUCAUCUCGGGCCUGGGCCGGCUUCUCACCCUGUGGCUGGAUAAUAACCGGAUCCGCUACCUACCCGACUCCAUCGUGGAGCUCACGGGUCUGGAGGAGCUAGUGCUGCAGGGGAACCAGAUCGCCGUGCUGCCAGACAACUUUGGCCAGCUCUCCCGGGUGGGCCUGUGGAAGAUCAAGGACAACCCACUGAUCCAGCCCCCCUACGAGGUCUGUAUGAAGGGGAUUCCCUACAUCGCAGCCUACCAGAAGGAGCUGGCUCAUUCCCAGCCGGCAGUGCAGCCCCGCCUCAAGCUGCUCCUGAUGGGCCACAAGGGUGCAGGAAAGACCUUGCUCCGCCACUGCCUCACCGAGGAGAGAGUGGAGGGAAGCCAAGGCGGAGGGGACAAGGAGAGCUACCCGCCUUCACCUCCUCCCGUGAGCAAGGGCAUCGAGGUGACUAGCUGGACUGCUGAUGCUUCCCGCGGCCUGCGGUUCAUCGUGUAUGACUUAGCUGGUGACGAAAGUUAUGAGGUGAUCCAGCCCUUCUUCCUCUCCCCGGGAGCCCUCUAUGUGCUGGUGGUGAACUUGGCCACCUAUGAGCCACUGCGCUUUCCCACCACCGUGGGCUCCUUCUUGCAUCGGGUGGGGGCCCGGGUGCCUCACGCCGUGGUGUGCAUUGUGGGCACGCACGCAGACCUGUGCGGUGAGCGGGAGCUGGAGGAGAAGUGUCUGGACAUUCACCGCCAGAUCGCCCUGCAGGAGAAGCACGACGCGGAGGGGCUGAGCCGUCUGGCCCAGGUGGUGGACGAGGCACUGGCCUGGGACUUUGAGCUGCGCUCUGCCAGCCCCCACGCAGCCUACUAUGGUGUUUCGGACAAGAACCUUCGGCGGCGCAAGGCCCAUUUUCAGUACUUGCUCAACCACCGGCUGCAGAUUCUCUCUCCAGUGUUGCCUGUUAGCUGCAGGGACCCCCGCCAGUUACGGCGCCUGCGGGACAAACUGCUCUCGGUAGCUGAGCACCGGGAAAUCUUCCCCAACUUACACAGAGUACUGCCUCGAUCCUGGCAGGUGCUGGAGGAACUGCAUUUCCAGCCACCUCAGGCGCAACGGCUCUGGCUAAGCUGGUGGGACUCGGCGCGCCUGGGCCUGCAGGCGGGUCUGACGGAGGACCGGCUGCAGAGUGCCCUCUCUUACCUGCACGAGAGCGGCAAGCUGCUCUACUUUGAGGACAGCCCGGCCCUCAAGGAGCACGUCUUCCACAACCUCACCCGCCUCAUCGACAUCCUCAAUGUCUUUUUCCAGAGGGAUCCUUCCUUGCUGCUGCAUAAGCUGCUGCUAGGGACCAGCGGAGAGGGUGAGGGUGAGGGGGAAAGCUCCCCACUGAUGGCGCUGCCCACCCCGAGCCAGGACCUGCUCCGGGCCACCCAGCUCCAUCAUUAUGUGGAGGGCUUUCUGCUCCAUGGGCUCUUGCCAGCCCAUGUCAUUCGGUUGCUGCUUAAGCCUCAUGUCCAGGCCCAGCAGGACUUGCAGCUGCUGCUGGAGCUGCUGGAGAAAAUGGGACUCUGUUACUGCCUCAAUAAACCCAAGGGCAAGCCUUUGAAUGGGUCCACGGCCUGGUACAAGUUCCCAUGCUAUGUGCAGAACGAGGUGCCCCAUGCAGAGGCCUGGAUUAAUGGGACCAACCUGGCCGGGCAGUCUUUUGUGGCUGAGCAGCUGCAGAUUGAAUAUAGUUUUCCCUUUACCUUCCCACCUGGGUUGUUUGCACGCUACAGUGUCCAGAUCAACAGCCAUGUGGUGCACAGGUCGGAUGGGAAACUUCAGAUCUUUGCCUAUCGAGGGAAAGUUCCUGUGGUGGUGAGUUACAGACCUGCCAAGGGGGUCUUGCAGCCAGAUACUCUGUCCAUUGCCAGCCAUGCAUCAUUACCAAACAUAUGGACGGCAUGGCAAGCCAUAACCCCGUUGGUGGAGGAGCUGAACGUCCUACUUCAGGAAUGGCCUGGACUGCACUACACCGUGCACAUUCUCUGUUCUAAGUGCCUUAAGAGAGGGUCGCCCAAUCCACAUGCUUUCCCAGGAAGAACGUUGGUGAAAAGCACAGAAACCAGUGACUUUUAUGGCUGUGGAAUUUCCAUGGAGAAAAGAGAGCAUCAGAACUCACCUGGACCAUCUUUCGUACCUGGCCAACCCUUCACACUCCCAAGAGUGUCCGUGAACUUGGGUGCAUAAGCGUUCAGGGGGCUCUCAGAGGAGGAGCACACCUGGCCUGUGGACGAGGCGGGGAGGGACAGAGGGGAGGGUGGGAGAGGAUAUGGAGCAAAUGUUUUACAACCUGAACCUCAGAACUGUGAUCCUCCAAGGAGAGCGCUACUUGAAGAAAAGCAAAAAAAAAAGUCGAAUGGCUUCUCAGGGAUUUUGUUUUCCGUGCACAUAUAAGCCAUAGUUCCAAUGCAGGUGGCAGGAUUUAGAGCACUCAGAUUUCAGUUCUGUUCAAUGUGAAAGAGGGAUCGACUGACCAUUCAUUGCUGUUCCAUAACUAGUGUAAAAUAUGUAUAUGUUUAUCUUUAUUUUUAUAAUAUGCAAAUACAUUUAAAUUUAUACAGUUUGAAGCUUCUAGCGCUAGUUAACACUGGGUGCAAUAUUCUGCAUGAGAACUGUGCCAAGGUGGGGCUGGUUUCUUAUUUUAGCAUAAGACCUUUUUGUUCAUUCUUUAUUCUUUAAUCCUUCUCAGAUUAAAAAAAAGAGAGAUCUCUCUGUCUGCCCAUGGAUUAAGUGUUGGUUCAUAGAAGUUGCCAAUAAUCUGCAAGAACCUUAAACGUGCAUUUCAGGCAAACAUUUGUUUCCCUCCCCUUCUUUUAAAUAAAGGUCCCUGCCUGUACACUGUUGGGCAGGGCAGUGGGAUUAUUCCUUUUCUUUCCCUCACAUGUCACUAGUGCUGGGCAGUGUCCCUUCCUCCAGGUUUGGUGUUGACUGUGGGUUGUCACAGGUGAUGUGCUGAUGGAGGCCUGGUGUUGGGAUUCUCCAGGGAGGGGCACAGAUGGGUCAGCGAGUUCUUAGAAAACCUGUGUCUUUCAAUAGCUUCAGAUAAUCAGGAGUCAGUACUAAAACAUGCAAAGAGCUCUGCUCGUAAGUCCUUUUUUUUCUGGAACAGUCUGAAAUUUAGCAGAGCACUUCGAAAGCCCUCCACAUCUGGCUGUCAGACCUUAAGAUAGUGAGUUGCCUAAUUGGAAAGCAUAAUCCCACAUUGGUUAUUUAUAAAUACACAGCCUCUGAUUGGACCCUCUACUGCCCAGAGCUAGUAAAAGCCUUGUUUUCAGAUCUCCACAAAGUAAAACUUAAAAAACAAAUUGCUCUCUCUUCUACUCUUAAUUGGGGCCAAAUAGCGUCUGCUGCAAUAGUAACACAUUCUUUGGAGAAUGUAAAGGACUCUGUUUACAUCUGCUUUCUCCCAAGAGUUGAUUGAAAAUGUGUAAAACUGUUUCUUACACAGUAUAAGACAAGAAAAGGGAGUGGGCUGGUAGUAUUCUUUCACUUCUUCUAUAAAGUAUUGACUCUUGGAAUUCCACAGUAUACAAAGUCUCAACGUAUUUUUAAAGGAAAUAACAAACAAUUCAAGCAGCUAUGUUGCAAAAAAUGACAAAUCAAUUUUUGUAGACUAUUUUGUUAACCCAGGGGUUAACUUCACUAACUCCAGAACCUCCAGUUAAACCAGUAUGAUUUCUUAUGAUCAUAAAAUCAAAUGAGAUCAGACCAUUUCUGUGUUUUUUAAUACCUGUGACACCUCAAAUUUGAGAUUGCCUUUUCUUUUAGAACCCAAUCACAAGAUUAAUCUGGUUCAUCCUUUUGUCACAGUUCUCAUGCGUGCGUGUGUGUGUGUGUGUGUGUGUGUGUGUGUGUGUGUAAAUGUGACCUGAAUGGUAACAUUUAAUUGCUUUAUGGGCCAUUGAAUUGUUGGGCAUAAAAGUUUUCUAAUUGGCAUGAGAUAGUUUCUAAACUGUCAAAUUAACUGACUUUGACCCGUCUUUUGAAAAGACUCUUAAGUGUGUGACUUUGGGCUAACUCCCCAGGGGACCUUAUUAAGUGAAAAAAAAAAAAAAAAUGCUCCUUUGGGUGACGUUCCCUGCAAAGUAUUUGCUAUUAUUAUGAACAUAAAUGCCCAUGUUCUUAAUAUCUGCUAUUUUUUGACAAAUGAUGUUUUGUGCUGUCAUCUGAAUCCUAGAGAAGCAGUGUAAGAAGAAAUCUUGGUGUCACAUGUGUUUUAGCAAAAAGGUCAUCAUGAUAGAGGGUCAUGUGACCGAAAGAAGCUCCAGAAAAGCUUGAGAACUUGCUUCAGAGGGAGAGGAGGGUUGGAGAUACAGAAAACACUCUGCUCUACAGGAAUUUUCGCCGUCUAUGCAGGAAAUUCCGUUUUCUCUCUCAACACCUGGGAAGACUCAGCCAGUGGAGGCUGACAGGCAAUUCGCUAAGCACAAGGGGGGUCUUUUCCAACCAAGUAGUCCCUUGCCUCGCAAACGGACACCCUCCAAGUUUGUUAUGGUUUCUAUUCCUGCAACUUGUGGUAUCAAAGCCACUUCCUGGAAUUGUAAAAGCGCUGCCAGAAUAAAUGUUUUCCCCCUUCUAAGAAAAAAAAAAUGACAGUGCUCAUAUUUGACACUUGUGCAUUGGACUCUUUUGAAUGAAUAAAAAGGAAAGGGUUGGGUGUAAUUCCUGAUGGGGUGUGUGUUAUUUUUCAUGCCACAGUUUGUGAAUUGUAAUUGUGUUUUCCCAUUUAAUUGUCGUAACCGGGCAGAAAUUAAAAAAAAAAAUUAAAAAAUGUUCAAUAAAAAUACAAAGAAAUGGUUAAGCAAUUA